AUGUUUACCAGUCUAAUUCGAUUAAAUUUUUCGGAUAUGAAUUUAAAAUAUCACGAAACUAAUUAUACGACAUGGUUUAUUACACAAACAAAUAAAGCAACCACUACAGGAACAACAUUAAAUAGUCAAGUAUUUUCCAGUGUACAACAAUCAACACCAAACAUUAUGUGGUUUAGAUUUUUACUUAUUAUUGUUAUAUUUGUAACAGCCGCCGGAAAUAUACUUGUUUGUUUGGCUAUUACAAGAGAACGAAAAUUACAAAAUACAACAAAUUAUUUUUUAAUGUCACUUGCUAUUGCCGAUUGUAUGGUUGCCCUUCUAGUUAUGCCAAUGGGAAUGGUUGCUGAAGCAUUCGGUUAUUUUCCUUUACCACAUUAUUGUUGUGUUAUAUUUGCCACUGCUGAUGUAUUAUGUUGUACAUCAUCAAUAUGGCAUAUGUCAACAAUGUCAAUGGAUCGUUAUUUUACCAUACGUUUUCCAUUUCGAUAUGGUCGUAAUAAAACAAAACGUAUUAUGUUAUUGAAGAUUAUUGCUGUUUGGGCUAUUUCAUUAGCCGUAUCGUCACCCGUAUUCGUUUUAGGCAUUGUUGAUCGUCGUAAUGUACUUAUUAAUGGUAUAUGUGCACCAAAUAAUGCUACUUUUAAAGCUGUCGGUGGCGUAUUUGCAUUUUAUAUUCCAUUUAUUAUUAUGAUUGUUACUUAUGCGCUUACAAUGCGUUCAUUAAGAGAUGUAUUAGUUCAUAAACGUCGCUAUAAUAGAGAACGUCGUCGUGAUCAAACAUUUCGCCCUUUAGCCACAAUUAUAAAUCAAUAUGCUGAAAUAGCGCAUGGACUGCGUCAAACAGGCACAACAAUGACAACAACAACAAAGACAGUUGUUAAAAAAACUCCAUAUACAGUAAUUACCACUACAACAGCUUCUCCAAUUGAUAAAAAUCAUCCAUUUUUCUUCUCAUCAAAUGGGACAUUAUUGAUGGAUCAUAAUCAAAAACAUGAUAUAUCUCAGUACGGUUCAUUUACAACAGCCAAUGGUCAAGUAUUAAAUAUAUCUCCAACAGGUAUAAAUUCAUUAGAUCAAGAAGCAAAUCAUUUGAUGAUUUCUUAUAUUAAACAACAUCAUUCCAAGAAAAAACAAUAUGAUGUUAUGUAUAGGAAAGAUUGUGAUAUGAGCACCGUUUACGAGAUGACAGAAUUUUCAAAGUCAUCAUCAGGUAGUGAUUAUAGAGUUGCAUCUUCAUGUCUUCAUCAACGUCGAUCAGUGGUCAUUGUCGAUCAAACAUCAGCUCAUGUAUGUGAACAACAACCAUAUGGUGAAGUAAAAAAUAAGGAAGGACAGCAACAACAACAACAAUUAGAAUUGAGUACAAAUCAAUUGAAAGAAGUUAUUAUUAUAGAAAAUCAAAUUCCAUCAGUAGAAGAAGAAAUAUAUGAUGAACUACCACCUGAUCCUGAUACUAACAUUAAUGAAACAUCACAAUCAUCAGAAAAUAUUCAUGUAGCUAAUAAUUCUGUUUGUUUAACAACAACAUCAAUAUCCAUUGAGAAUUGUGCUGCGUUCAUUAUGCGUUUGAUCGAACUUUUUUAUCGAUAUUAUUACGUGAACAAUCGCUAUCAGUUUUCUCAACAGCAACUAAACUAUAGAAACGUUUUACCAAUCGAAUACUUUUCGCACAAUAAAUAUAUUACCGAAACUAGCCCAACGUUAUCAUUGUCAGAUACAACUUUAAAACAUAAUAAUCCAUCUUCAAAUAUUUAUCAAAAUAAAAUACAAAUUGAUGCUACAUAUGUUAAUAAUCAGACUACUUGUACGUCGCUUUCGGUACCGAUAGUGCUAUCAGAAAUGCAGACUAGUCAAACAUUGUCAACAAAUAAUUAUAUACUCAAUAAUGAAAGAUUAGAUGAUGAUAAACAUCAUCAGUCAACAUCAAUGUCAUAUUUAGUCGGAAAUAAGCAGACAAUGUCCGUCUCCACACAAACAGAUCAUUCAUACAUUCCAAAAUCAUUGAGUAGUUUUAGUGAUAAGCCAUGCAACCAACAGCAAAACAAUGAUCUAUCGAAUAGAACAAAAGGAACAUUUUCAUUUUCAAAACAUUUUCUUUGCACAUCAUUCCCUCACACAACAUCGACUCGUUCAGAAUCAGAAGAUGAACGUAUUUCUACAAAUCUUCAUUCAGGUUCAUUAUUUACAAAUUUUUUUAAAUACCAUAAAUCAAAACGAUCGUCGAGUAAUACGGGUACAGGAUCUGGUGCGGGUAAUAGUUCAACAAAAUCAUCCUUAUCAUGGGGACAGCAUUCAUCAUCGUCAUACCAUCAACAAAAAUCAGCAACUGUACCUCAUCAUCAUUCAUCAUUAUUAAAACAAAUCGAAUGUGAAAUGGAUUCUGUAUUAGCACAGCAACGCUCACGUGGAUCAUCUGCAUCGAGUCUAUUCUUUAAUAAUAAACUUCAUCGUAACAGAAAACGAAGAAGAAAACGAAGACCAUUUGUUCUAUCUAAUAGUCAUAAUAGUCCCGGUGGGAAUAGUCUUAGACAACAACAAAUUUAUUCCAGUUCUACUUCAUCAUCCACGUACAAUAGUGAAACAUCCACUUCUCGUAUAUCUCGUUUUCUCUCAUCUCAACGUCAACAACAACAACAUCAUUUACAACAACAACAACAUCAUUUGCAGCAACAACAACAACAAGAAAAAAUUGUCGCACAAAAUGAACGAAAAGCAUUACGUGUAUUAUUAAUUAUAUUUUGUGUUUUUGUUACAUUAUGGACACCAUUUUUUAUUUGUACAUUUAUAUCGGCUGUAUGUGAUAAAUGUCGAGAAAAAAUACCAUCAAUAAUGUGGUUUUGGAUAACGUGGCUUGGUUAUACAUCAUCGAUGGCUAAUCCUCUUGUUUAUACAAUAUUUAGUGAUGCAUUUCGAAGAGCAUUCACUAAUCUAUUAUGUUGUCGAUCAAGUGAUUCAAUGUUUGCACAUCAAUUAUCGACAAAAUCAUCCUAUCCAAAAGGUGCAAUAUUUCUUCGACAUAAUGGAACUGCUGGUUGUUCAGGUACAUCAACACCGAUAGGAAGAGAACGAGAACAAAAUAAUAAUCAAGAAGCAAUAGUCUAUGUGAAUAAAUACAAUCUUGAGGCAAUAAGAUAA